AUUGUGACGUCACAUUGGGGCCUUUCUUUUAACACCCACUUCCGCGAGAGGGCGGUUCCUGCCCACCGUUAGGGAAAAAGUUUAGCUUUCAUCCGUCAGGCAUUGUUUCAGUAAAGGCCUGGAAUAAGCUCGUCCUCACAUCAAAUAAGACCAUGGCAGAAACUGUCGUCUUGCUACUGAGCAUUUUUGCUUUUGUUACCACCACACAAGGUCAAUCCUGUUCUAAACCCACUGGAGGACCGAAUAUGUCUUUGAAGGGGGAUGAUAUCCUUAAAGAUUCUUUUGCAGACCAGACGACAGUUUCCUUUGGCUGUAAUAGUGGAUACACUGUUGACGAAGGGCUACCAUCUAUUACCUGCAACGCUGGCUCAUGGACUACUUUGACACUGACAUGCAAAAGGAAGUCCUGUGGUGCCCUGGCACAUUUGGACAAUGGAGCUAUUGAUUACCAGGACGGUAUUAGUUUUGGUGACAAAGCGGUGAUUACUUGUAACCCUGGGUACCGCCUCGUUGGUAAGGGAGUACUCAAUUGUCUGGACAGUGGAUGGGAUGCCAGGUUUCCUACAUGUGAUGCGGUGGAAUGUGUAACGCCUGAGGAUGUGAAGGACGCCACCUUCUCUCCAAAUAAAGAGUCCUAUCGAUAUGGAGAAGUUGUGACUUAUAAGUGUUCUGCAGGUUUAUCUAACAAAGGAUCACUGAAGUUGACAUGCUCAGAUGAAGGAAAAUUUGACUUCCCCCCUCCAACAUGUGUCAAGGUUAAUUGUGAAGAGCCUGUCAAUGGUUUGUUGGAGUUUGUCGAAGGCUCACGGCCUCCAUACGGACACAGGGCUACAGUGACGGUGGCGUGUCCGCAGGGUUAUAAGUUGGAGGGUCAGUCUGGCACUCUGACGUGUACAAUAGAUAACACGUGGUCCCCUGAGAUUCCAACAUGUAAAAAAACUGCAAUCCCCAAGACUACUCCUAGAACCACCACCACCACCACCACCACAACUCGAAGUCCUUCAGCUUCAGUCACCCCUGCUCCAACUGAUCCUCGUGGUGAUGGAAAUUCUCUUGGAAUUGGGCUUGGCGUAACUGCAGGGGUUAUCUUGGUUGGUGCCGUUGUCGUCUACAUGUUAUUCAGGAAGAGAAGCACUCGGAAGACAAAUGCGGACAAAGAGACGGCAAAAGAUGAAGAGAAUGUGGGACUUGCGUAAGCGUCGCAGUUCUGCUGGUUCAACGUUACUUGCUGUGAAAAUGAGAAAAUGACUUCGUAAGGAGGAGGAAGCCCCUGAACCGGUCUAUGAAUCCCUGAGGCCUCGCAUGUGGAAAUGACCCAAACCUCAGCGAGGUUUCUUCCAUAGUCUUAGACAAAAACUCAACACAUCGUUUCAACAUAAUCAGAUUUAUUCUAUGCGAUCAGAAACCAAACAAUCCAGAAGAUGUUGGUUGGAAAUGUCAUUCAUAUAACCACUUGUUGUUUGAUUUUUUUUUUUUUAUCUUUCAAUGACUAAACUUCACUUUUUCAGCCAUUUGAGCGCAGCUUAGCUUCUACAGAACCAGAACCCAGACUGUUUCCAUUAUGUUUGAAGUUGGUGUGGAGUCUAGAGACUGAGGAGGAAUUCUGGCCCCAAUUGUAAUGUAAUGCUUACUGCUCUAACAGAGAUUGUGAUUUGUUAAAAUGACAUUUUGUGUUUGUGUGUGGGAGGGGCGGGUCCUAUAGAUUAGUCAGUACAGUUUUAAUUUGCACCUUAACGAAAGAAUUGAUAAGAUCUGUCCGACGGUCUACAGCAUAGUGCCUAAAGUUACAGUGCAACUCGCCUUAAUGUAAAAAAAAAAAAAAGCAAAAAAGAAAAAAAAAAGUGCUUUGUUUUGGUUUU